CACAGGUUGCUCAUGAUGACGGUACUAGUCUGUUCUUCCUUUGUGAUGUUAUAUUAUCCUCAUUUCUCAUUUGCUCUUUGUCUAUUUCAGUUUCUUAGCGAACUCACCAGAUUUUUUCAAAGAUCAAAGACAUCGGGGUCAUUGAAUAUAACAAUGAAACGAUAUGAUGGUCGAACUAGGCCUAAACCAAAAUCUAACCGAUCAGAACAAAGCAUAUCCCAUGAAACAGUAGAAUAUAAAUGUAUCCUCAGAGCAUCUUUAGGUAAAAAGAAAAUUUCCACUAUAGUAAAUCAAAAGGAGGUAAAUAAAUUUCAGAUGGCAUAUAUCAAUGUUUUGAAAGGCAACAUGGAUGGUUUGAAGAAAAGAGACAAAAAAUCAGCUAAAGGGAAAUCUAAAGCUACUCAAUAAACUUUCACACAAUUCUAUUUUCUUCCACAAUUGUAUUUAUUUAUUUGCAUUUAUUAUUUUUCAUUUUCUUUUUGGAUAUAAAUGACAUUUUUUUGGGAACUUCUGGAGCAGCUUGUGUUUCCAAAUUUCUCACACCACUUCUUCCUACAUGCGCAGACUCCAUGUAGUAAGACCAUGGUUAUAUGUAGACAUGGUCUGACUGAGUUAUUAUUUUAAAUAACAAUGUAUAGUUGAUAAAGAAAAUAGAGAGAAGCUCUUGUUUAUAGAAAUAAAAUCAAAACUGGCUGCCUUCA